GCUUUCAGCAAACCCGCUUUUAACCAGUUCUUUCUGAAAAAACAAGGAAGAGAAGAUAGCAGUAAAUACAACGCGGGAAAAUAAUAGCCUGAAGAAAAGAUACUUUGCAAUACAGCAAUCGUCAAUUCUUCCCACCCGAGCUGUACUUCAUAACCCUUUCGUCAUGCCAAAUAUAGUAAUUUUCAGUGGCAGUUCCCACCACGACCUGUCACAAAAAGUGGCAGACAGGCUCGGACUGGAACUAGGAAAAGUGGUCACAAAGAAAUUCAGCAACCAAGAAACAUGUGUCGAGAUUGGAGAAAGCGUUCGGGGAGAGGACGUCUACAUUGUGCAGAGUGGAUGUGGGGAAAUCAACGACAACUUGAUGGAGUUGUUGAUCAUGAUCAACGCCUGUAAGAUUGCAUCAUCUUACCGGGUGACUGCAGUUAUUCCAUGCUUUCCUUAUGCCAGACAAGACAAGAAAGAUAAGGGUCGUGCUCCCAUCUCUGCAAAGCUUGUAGCCAACAUGCUGUCAGUUGCAGGAGCAGAUCAUAUCAUUACCAUGGACCUGCAUGCGUCACAGAUUCAGGGUUUCUUUGACAUUGCUGUGGACAAUCUGUAUGCAGAGCCUGCUGUUAUUCAGUGGAUUAAAGAAAAUAUCCCAGAAUGGAAAAACGGUAUCAUUGUGUCUCCUGAUGCCGGGGGAGCAAAAAGAGUCACCUCAAUUGCUGACCGACUGAACGUGGAGUUUGCCCUCAUUCACAAAGAAAGAAAGAAAGCCAACGAAGUGGAUAGAAUGGUCUUAGUGGGUGAUGUGAAAGACCGGGUGGCUAUUCUCGUGGAUGACAUGGCGGACACAUGUGGCACAGUCUGCCAUGCUGCUGACAAAUUGUUAUCUGCUGGUGCUACCAAGGUGUAUGCUAUACUGACCCAUGGGAUCUUCUCUGGCCCUGCCAUUUCCCGGAUAAAUAAUGCUGCAUUUGAGGCUGUUGUAGUUACCAACACCAUUCCACAGGAAGAAAAAAUGAAACAGUGCCCAAAGAUUCAGGUGAUUGAUAUUUCAAUGAUCCUUGCUGAAGCCAUCCGAAGAACACACAAUGGAGAAUCUGUGUCUUACUUGUUCAGUCAUGUCCCUUUAUAAUACAGAAGAAAGACCUACAUUUUUUCUGCUUCUAGAUCCUAGUGAACUACCUGAACCAGUGCAGAGUAGGAGCAAUCGACCUGCACACAAUUGACUUAAGCAAUUCUUGAGUAGCCAUUCCAGCUAAAGGGGUUAUUUUGUCAGAAUUUUCCACACCUUCACACCAGGGCAUAUGCAUACUUCAUUCCCCCAGAACAGUAAUUGUUGGCUUAAAGCAGGGGCUUGGCUUUCCUUAUAGCUAUGGCUUGAACUUUUCAGGUUUUAUUUUUGAUCACAAGAUGUCCCAUUAAAAUUACAAAACAAUGUCACUUGUUUUACCUUCAUAUCUUGACUGAGCCUGAUUCAGUUUCACUUUAUUUUAAUUUCAGAGACGUGACAAAUUACGUUAAUUGCUUAUCGCUGAUGAUAAUUCCAUUUUGUUCUUGCAGUCGCCUAGUUUAUCUUUUGUUGUUUUAACUCAUUCAACA